CUCUGAACAUUUCUGGGCAGAUACAUUACUCCUACUCCAGCUAAUUCAUUUUCUUCCCUUUGCAGGUGGCAUGUGAUGUUAAGGGCUUUUAUAUAGGACAAAAGAAGGAAAACAACUUGGCUGCAAUAAAAACAGAGGUCAGUAAAUAGUUACCAGGGCUUUGGUUGCUUUGGUGGACUGUGCUCCUUUGCUUUUAUUGCUAAGCCAUCCUUCAGGCAGAGAGGGAGCGGCUGCAGGAGGUAAUGAGAGAUGGCAAGAAAAAAGCUGAAAAAAUUUACUACUUUGGAGCUUGUGCUCAGUGUUCUUCUGCUUGUGGUGUUUAUCAUCAGUGUUGUUCUAAUUGUGCUUUUAGCCAAAGAGUCACUGAAAUCAACAGCCCCAGAUCCUGGGACAACUGGUACUCCAGUUGGGAGUACAAUUGGUUCCACACAUCCUGGGACAGUUAGUACCCCAGAUCGUGGAACAUCUGGUACCACUCCUGUUUCUGCUGAAUGUCCAGUGGUAAAUGAAUUGGAACGAAUUAAUUGCAUUCCUGACCAGCCACCAACAAAGGCCACAUGUGACCAACGGGGCUGCUGCUGGAGUCUCCAGGGAGCAGGAAGUGUUCCCUGGUGCUACUAUUCCAAGAAUCAUGGCUACCACAUGGAGGGUGACCUUGUAAACACAAAUGCAGGAUUCACAGCCCGGUUGAAAAAUCUGCCUUCUUCACCCCUUUUUGGAAGCAGUGUUGACAGUGUUCUUCUCACAGCAGAAUAUCAGACAUCGAACCGUUUCCACUUUAAGUUGACCGACCAAACUAAAAGCAGGUAUGAAGUGCCCCAUGAACACGUGCAGUCCUUCAGUGGAAAUGCUGCUGCUUCUUUGACCUACCAAGUUGACAUCUCCAGAGAGCCAUUUAGCAUCAAAGUGACCAGAAGAAGCAACAGUCGUGUUUUGUUUGACUCGGGCAUUGGGCCCCUCCUGUUUGCCGACCAGUUUUUGCAGCUCUCCUCCCGACUGCCUAGUGCUAAUGUGUAUGGCUUGGGAGAGCAUGUGCACCAGCAGUACCGGCAUGAUAUGAAUUGGAAGACCUGGCCCAUAUUUAACAGGGACACAACUCCCAAUGGUAAUGGAACUAAUUUGUAUGGUACGCAGACAUUCUUCCUGUGCCUUGAAGAUGCUAGUGGAUUGUCCUUUGGGGUGUUUCUGAUGAACAGCAAUGCCAUGGAGGUUGUCCUUCAGCCCGCGCCAGCCAUCACUUACCGCACCACUGGGGGCAUUCUCGACUUCUAUGUGUUCCUGGGAAACACUCCAGAGCAAGUUGUUCAAGAAUAUCUAGAGCUCAUUGGGCGGCCAGCCCUUCCCUCCUACUGGGCGCUUGGAUUUCACCUCAGUCGUUACGAAUAUGGAACCUUAGGCAAUAUGAGAGAAGUCGUGGAGAGAAAUCGCGCAGCACAACUCCCUUAUGAUGUUCAGCAUGCUGAUAUUGAUUAUAUGGAUGAGAGAAGGGACUUCACUUAUGAUCCAGUGGAUUUUAAAGAUUUCCCUGAGUUUGUCAAGGAGUUACACAAUAAUGGACAGAAGCUUGUCAUCAUUGUGGAUCCAGCCAUCUCUAACAACUCUUCCUCAAGUAAACCCUAUGGCCCAUAUGACAGGGGUUCAGAUAUGAAGAUAUGGGUGAAUGGUUCAGAUGGAGUCACUCCACUCAUUGGGGAGGUCUGGCCUGGACACACUGUGUUUCCUGAUUAUACCAAUCCCAACUGUGCUGUUUGGUGGGCAAAGGAACUUGAGCUUUUUCACAAUCAAGUAGAGUUUGAUGGAAUCUGGAUUGAUAUGAAUGAAGUCUCCAACUUUGUUGAUGGCUCGGUCUUAGGAUGUUCUGCAAACAACCUAAAUUAUCCUGCAUUCAUUCCCAGAAUCCUAGAUGGGUGCCUGUUCUGCAAGACUCUCUGUAUGGAUGCAGUGCAGCACUGGGGCAAGCAGUAUGAUGUUCACAAUCUGUAUGGCUACUCCAUGGCAGUCGCCACGGCAGAAGCUGCCAAGACUGUGUUCCCUGAUAAGAGAAGCUUCAUUCUGACCCGUUCUACCUUUGCGGGGUCUGGCAAGUUUGCAGCACAUUGGUUAGGAGACAACACAGCCACCUGGGACGACCUUCGAUGGUCCAUCCCUGGAAUGCUUGAGUUCAACCUUUUUGGUAUCCCAAUGGUGGGUGCUGACAUAUGUGGCUUUGCCUUGGACGCCCCUGAGGAGCUCUGUAGGCGAUGGAUGCAGCUGGGCGCAUUUUAUCCAUUUUCUAGGAAUCACAAUGGCCAAGGAUACAAGGAACAGGACCCUGCCUCCUUUGGAGCUGACUCCCUGCUGUUGAAUUCCUCCAGGCACUACCUUAACAUCCGCUAUACUCUAUUGCCCUACCUGUACACCCUCUUCUUCCGUGCUCACAGCCGAGGGGACACAGUGGCCAGGCCCCUUUUGCAUGAGUUCUAUGGGGACAACAACACUUGGGAUGUGCACCAACAGUUCUUAUGGGGGCCUGGCCUCCUCAUCACUCCAGUUCUGGAUGAAGGUGUGGAGAAAGUGACGGCAUAUGUGCCUGAUGCUGUCUGGUAUGACUAUGAAACGGGGGGCCAAGUGAAAUGGAGGAAGCAAAAAGUCGAGAUGGAGCUUCCUGGAGACAAAAUUGGACUUCACCUUCGAGGAGGCUACAUCUUCCCCACACAGCAGCCAAAUACAACGACUCUGGCCAGUCGAAAGAACCCUCUUGGUCUUAUCAUUGCCCUAGAUGAGAACAAAGAAGCAAAAGGAGAACUUUUCUGGGAUGAUGGGGAAAUGAAGGGUGAGCACUGUUAUGAUAAUGUUGCAUUUUUAAAGCCAGCACCUGUGACUUAUUGUCCUUCACUCCUGCUAGUCAUUCAGCUUUGGGAGAAAUCUCACCAGAUACAGUAGCAAGAGUCACUUAAGUACUUCGUUUCUGGUUGCAUGGUUCAGAGGUAGAGGUAGAUGAACUACAAAAGAAAGAAAAAUACAUUUCUAUUUGUGACAAUUCUCCCAUUGGCCCGUGAUAUCUAUAAUAGGCUCUCAUUUUAUUGUCAAUGGGUGCUCAGAAGAGAUGGUUUCAAGACUGUUCCUGUAAGUCAAUGUUAAUGUCUUCCUCUCCAAAUUCUUAUGAGCAAAUGUUGAUGAGGUAAAAAUCAUAGACCUGCCAUAGAGGCAGUGAGAAUAUACUGUUCUAGUGUGUGCUCACCUAGCCAUACUUUUUAGCCUAUUCAUGGCUCUGGUGCUUCAAGUUUAGGAAAUACCUGUGCUUCAAGUUUAGGAAAUAGACUCCCUUGAGACACAUGCCUGGAAAGCCCUUGGGAGGGAACCUUUUCAAUGUUCCAGUAGGAAAGAGAAGGAAAAACAAUGACUUGGCCUUGGAGACUCUUGUCCAUCUAAUGCAAUCUGUAGAUUUAAAAUUUUAUUUAUUUAUUUAAUUGUAAAAUAUUUAAUUGGAAAAUAAAGAUGAAAUUUAUUCAAAGUGAACAAAGUGAGGAUUUAAUAUAUAUAGUCAUAGUAUAAUGAUUACCACAGCUAUUUUAAUGAACACUUCCAUCACCACCCAUGCUGUAGACUGGAUCCUCAGAACUUAUUUAUCUAAUAACUAAAGGUUUGUACCCUUGACCAUCAUUUCCCUAUUUCCCCCACCCUCAGGCUCUAAGAACCACUGUUAUACUGCCUGCUUCUAUGAACUCAACUUUUUUAGAUUCCACAUAUAAGUGAGACCAUGCAGUAUUCGAUUUUCUGUUUCUGGUUUAUUUCACUUAGUA